UGUUGGCUCCAUGGGUUCAUGCUGUUGACACCAGAUUGUGACUCAACCAUCUGCAGCCUCAGCAGAAAUACUGAUUCAUCAGACCCAGCUACAAUUUUUUAGUCUUCAACUGUCCAGUGCUGAAGAAGAGGUGUCGCAGGCUGUUCCUUCCUGCAGCAGUAAGACUGUACAACUAGAACUGCUCCCAGUAAACAACACCUGCAAAUUUCUGACAUCAUUAGAGUUGCUGGUGAGACAGUGGAAGCAGGAGGAACUGGCCACUUCAGCAAUUCGUCUCACUGAUGCAUUAACCUGGAGCUCUUCUUCUAUUGACACACAGUCUGAGCCGCUGGACUGAAGAAUGACGAUGCCAUGGUUACAGUUAGGGCUGAUGCUUUUCAUUAUCAUUUUGACCCUCUCACACUCAACCUUAUGUCAAAGUAAAAGGAGGAAAGGACAGAGAGAGGGAAACCAGAUCGUCACUCACGAGGCCAAAAGCCUGAUCUGCCCAGUGGAGAUUAUGUUCAUUGUGGACAGUUCAGAGAAAGCCAAAGCUCUGCUGUUUGAGCGUCAGAAGGAGUUCAUACUGCGUUUCAGCACCAAGCUUCUGCAGCUCCACUCUGAUGGCUGGCGGCUGCGACUACGGCUGGCUGCUCUGCAGUACAGCAGCACUGUUUCAGUGGAGCACAACUUCAGAGACUGGCAGGAUGUGGAUGUGUUCCAGAGUCGGGUGGCCGCCAUGACCUUCAUCGGCCAUGGCACCUACUCCGCCUAUGGCAUCACCAACGCCACCAAGGUUUUCAGUCGCGAGACCUCACCCAGCAGCCUGAGGGUGGCGCUGUUGAUGACGGAUGGCACGGACCAUCCUCGCAGCCCCAGCGCAGUGGCAGCUGCUGCUGAGGCCAAACAGCACAGCAUCAGGGUGUUCGUCAUCAGGAUGUCGGGCCUGACCAAUGAUGGGCCCAUGGUUACAAAGCUCCGCUCCAUUGCCAGUGCUCCCCCACUGCAACAUGUUCUCAGCCUCACCGACAACCAGCUGGAGGACAGACUCUUCAGGGAACUGAACACGGUUGUGAAAAAUGGGUGCCCACAUCCAAAGACCUGCUUCUGUGAAAGGGGGGAAAGGGGUCACCCUGGAUCUCCAGGGAAACCAGGGGAGGAGGGUUCAGAUGGACUGCCUGGCUCAAAGGGAUCUCGUGGGGAAGCUGGUAUUAAUGGACGUCCAGGAAUACGGGGCCUUGAGGGUCAACCUGGCAGCAGAGGGGAAAAGGGAGAACUAGGGGAAUGUGGUGCCCCGGGUACAAAGGGAGAUCAAGGUGCAAAUGGACCUCCUGGCCCUAAAGGCCCCAGAGGAGAACAGGGAGCCAUGGGGGGACAUGGAGACCAGGGUCCAGAGGGGCCGUUUGGCUCUAAAGGUGAACGAGGACCAAGGGGUGCACCUGGACAUCCAGGAGAUAAAGGCAUUGGGUUCCCUGGUCCCAAGGGUGAAAAGGGGAACCAGGGAAGACCAGGUCCACCCGGACCAAUGGGUGUAGGUGUACCAGGGAUGACAGGUCCAGCAGGGCCACUGGGGAUGCAAGGAUCUCCAGGAUUUCCUGGUGAGGGUCUCCCAGGCUCCAAUGGUGACAGGGGGUAUGAGGGUCCUAAGGGCAGUCGUGGACCUCCAGGAUUUGGGUCCAAAGGUGAUAAGGGAAACCCAGGAGCACCUGGACUUUCUGGUUUGGUGGGGCAUCCAGGGGCAGGCAUACAAGGGGACAAGGGGGACCAAGGGCUCACAGGGCCUUCUGGGCCCAGGGGACCUCCUGGAAUUGGUAUAGUUGGACCAAAGGGUGACCAGGGUUUCCCAGGAGAACCUGGACCUCAGGGAAAUAGGGGUGAUGGUGAACCUGGACCAAAGGGGGCGCAAGGACCUAAUGGGACUGCCGGGAUACCUGGUAUUCCUGGUGAGGAUGGAGCUGCUGGGCCAAAGGGAGAGAUGGGCUUGCUGGGUCUGCGAGGAUCAGAAGGAGCACCUGGGAAAGGUAUCUCUGGAGAAAAGGGAGAUAGAGGUGACCGUGGACAAAGGGGACUUUCAGGGGCCCUAGGACCUAGUGGCCCAGCCGGUGCUAAGGGGGAACCUGGGAGCCCAGGGAUGACAGGCCAACCUGGACCUGCUGGGCGUGGCAUUCCAGGACCAAAGGGAGAUCCUGGGCCUGUGGGACCAACUGGACCUGUGGGAGAACCUGGAAUUGGAAUUAUUGGCCCAAAGGGUAAUAAAGGAAAUCCUGGGCCUGUUGGACCACCAGGGAUGAAGGGAGAUGGAGUCCCAGGACCAAAGGGACUGCCUGGUUUACCGGGAGUGCAAGGAGAGACAGGAGCCGAUGGGAAAGGACUACCUGGAUCUAAGGGUGACAGAGGCUUACCUGGGGUCACAGGCCCAUCAGGUCCUGCGGGAACUGGACUUUAUGGACCGAAGGGUUCUACAGGGCAGCCUGGUCCAUCAGGCCUCCAUGGGCUUCCAGGAGAGGGCAUCCAGGGUCCAAAGGGAGAGCCUGGGUUUCAAGGGCCAGUGGGCCCCCGUGGGGCACCAGGGGACGGCCUCCUAGGGGAAAAGGGUGAUAGAGGCAUGUCUGGACACCGGGGAAAGAAAGGAGACAAGGGCAACUAUGGAGAACCCGGAGCUGCUGGACCAGUGGGGACACCUGGAGAAAAGGGGGCACCAGGACUGACAAGAGAAGAGGUCAUCAGAAUAAUAAGAGAAAUCUGUGGCUGUGGUCUGAAGUGCAGACAGAGCCCUCUUGAGCUGGUGUUUGUGAUCGACAGCUCGGAGAGCGUGGGACCAGAAAACUUUGAGUUGGUGAAGGACUUUAUGAGUGCUCUUAUUGACCGGAUGUCGGUGAGCACUGAGGCUAGCCACAUAGGUGUGGUGCUCUACAGCCAUGUGGAAAUGGUUGUGGCUAGUCUGCAGCAACAGACCAGUAAAGAAGACAUCAAGGCCGCCAUCAGGAGGAUGCCCUACCUGGGCAAGGGAACCUUUACCGGCAGCGCCAUCCACCGAGCCAACCAGCUAUUCCGGGCUUCGCGACCUGGUGUGAGGAAAGUGGCUUUGGUUAUAACUGAUGGGUUGGCUGACCCCCGUGACAUCAUGCAGUUUGAGGAAACAGCCAUAGAGGCCCACUAUGAGGGAAUUGAGAUGUUUGUUGUGGGAGUCAUGAACAAGACUGACCCUCUGUAUGAAGAUUUCCAGGCUGAGAUGAAUGUUAUCGCCUCUGAUCCUGAUGAAAAGCAUGUCUACUUUAUAGAUGACUUCAAGAGUCUUCACACUCUGGAAAGCAUUAUUCUUAGUCGGGUUUGUGAGCAGGAUGACACAAUGGCCUUUCCACCGAACUCUAUUUUUCCAGCCGUGGAAAUCGACGCUGACAUUCCAGACGCUACCCAUUUCAAAGAGUUCUCAGAGGAAGAAAACAUAAAAUGGGAACACAUUGUGGAAGCAGUGACGGCCCCAACUCUACAGCCUCCUGAGUCAGAGUGGUCUGAAGAGAACCUGGUUGAUAACAAACUUUUGGUGGAGCCCUGGAACAGGCUUCCAGAAAUCACUUUUGGCUCUCCAGCUGGCGCUGGGGUGACCUCCAUAGAGGGCCCUCAGCCACCGACUCAAUGGCUGCAUGAUGCCUUGAGCACACAGGCUCCAAACAGCCCUUCUUCUCCACACCUUGUUCCAAUUGGAGGAUGCAGUCAGCCUCUGGACCCAGGUCCCUGUCGGCAGUACGUAGUCAAGUGGUACUAUGACCCUGAGGCCAACGCCUGUGCCCAGUUCUGGUAUGGAAGCUGUGAGGGGAAUGGCAACAACUUUGAGAAUGAGGCCAACUGCAGGGAUUCCUGCAUAUACACGUAACACACUGUGUUUGUAGGAAAAGGUGUGUGCGAAGCUAAUGUGCUCCAGCAGCGUAACCAAGGAACACAAUGGACUGAUGACGCAGGCUUCACUGUUUGAACAGAGCUCAGGCCACCAGCUGCUGCUGCUGUGCUCGCACCCUGUUGAAGCAGAAGAGUGAUGGAGCUGAGCUGGUUCACCUUGUUGUCUCUCGGGCUACAUUGGCACUGCAGCUGCUCCUGUUUAGUUCUAAACUUCUGCACACAAAAUUAGCUGUCUAUUCAUUUUGGUAAAUGGUAAAUGGAUUUGUAUUUAUAUAGCGCUUUUCUAGUCUGAUGAAGACCAGUCAAAGCGCUUUACAGUACAGUUUCACAUUCACCCAUUCACACACACAUUCAUACAGUGCAUCUACUUGCAGCACUUUGUUAUUCUAUGGGGGGCUAUUGAGGGUUCAGCAUCUUGCCCAAGGACACUUCGGCAUGCAGAUGGUUCAGACUGGGGAUCGAACCGCCGACCUUCAGGUUGGAGGAUGACCACUCUACCCCUCAGCCACAGCCACUGUGGAGUUGUUAUAUCUGUUGAGGAUGUAGAACAAGAAAACAAAACCCAAUACAAGAUGCUAGGCCCAUCAAAAAACAAUUUUGUAGAAAAUCACUUUCAAUUUUUAACCACAAUUGUCUAGUUCUCCUCCAGGCAAACCUCAUGAUUACCCUGAGGUCUGUAUCACAAGGCAACUUCAAUUCAUACUGUGUCUACACAGAGGGAGAAGCAUGAGCAGCAUGAGAACAGAACAGCGGCAGCAGCUCCCCUUCUCUGUGUCUACACAGUACUAAGUUGUAGGUUUAACCAUGUUGUGGAAGCGUUUAGAGCCCAAAACACAAUCAACUUGUGACUGGAUUACAAAAGAAAAUGGACUUGGAGCUUAAAGAUAUGCUUUGAGUCAUGUUUACAUUCACACAGCACAACUGAUUACAUGGUCUGUAAACAGCUUUUGAAUGGCGACUGAAAAACUAUGUCGGACCCUGGAUACGGGUAGAUAGAUAAGAAUAGUUCUUAAUGACAAGCCAUCACACAACAUAGUUAAUUUCAUAUGAUAGGAGGAAAGUUACACAAUAUGAUAAUGCCACUUUAACCAAAUAGCAAUUGAGAAUUAGGAAAAUCACAAUAUUAAAAGUAAAACUUAAGAUAUAAAUAAUUUUAGGAAUUAAAAAAAAU